AUGACAACUACCAGCAAUCCUUCUUUGAGCCCUGUGCUAAUCACAGGUGGAUGUGGGCUUAUCGGCUUUCACCUCGUUAAUUAUAUUCUUGAAUCCGAACCGACUUGCAAAAUUCAUGUUUUGGACAUCAAUACCACCAAUGUUACCUAUCAUACUUGUGAUAUCACCAGUCUUUCUGGUGUUGAGUCAGUGAUGCUUCAGGCACAGCCACGCACUAUCUUUCAUGUCGCAUGCCCAGACUCCAUGGUGCUUCAGCCUUCGGUAUUCCAAGAAGUCAAUGUCAACGGCGCCCAAAACUUGAUUUCCGCAGCUUUCAAAGUAGGUACGAUUCAGGCAUUUGUUAAUACCUCUACAUCAUCGGUCAUUCACGACAAUAUCAGCGAUCUGAUUGAUGCCGACGAGGAUCUUCCAGUGCUCCAAUAUCCAGCACAAAAGCGUGUUUACACCCUUACCAAAGCGGUCGCCGAAGCCGAUAUUCUUGCCGCGAACCGAAAAUAUGGCGACUCCUCAAUGCUGACUGUAUCUUUCCGUCCUACAACCGCUUUCGGUGAGCGAGAUACGAUAUGCAAAAACGAAUACGACUUCAUCUAUGUCGGUAACUUAGCUGAAGCACAUAUUCUAGCAGCUCAAGCUCUUUUGCGCGCUUAUGGAAAACCGGUACCACCGCUCGAAACUCGUGUUGAUGGUCAAACAUUCAAUAUCACCAACGAUGAGCGAAUCUUAUUUUGGGAGUUCCAGAGACGUAUCUCUGCGGCUAUUGGAUUUCCUAUCAAGGAGGAAGACAUAAAGAUCAUUCCAAAAUAG